CCACUUCCUUCUCAGCCUGAGCUAAGGUUGUCAUCUUCUCUUCUCUUCUCGCUUUCAACUCUUCUUCCUUUCUCUAAUAAGCUAAGAAGUAAGAAACACUCUUUCUCUUCAUUCACCAAAAUUAUAUACUUCUGGUUUUCACUAAACUACGAUAAUUCUUAAUACCUCAGAAACAUCCUACACCAAACAAACUAAGAUACACAACACAAAACUUCCUACUUCUUCUUAAUUUCAUUUUUUUUGGACUUUUUAUUCUUCUUUGUCUUUUUCAGUUACUUCCUCUUUUUGGCGUCACAAUACACACCCCCCUUUUCUUUUACUAUAUAUUUGUGGGCUAUGUUUUGUUUCUUUCCUAUCUUUUUUUAUUGCUCUUUACACCCCCAUGUUGUUUUUCUUCUUCGCUUUCAAUUUUGAACACCCAACACAACACACUUUGUUCUUUGAUCAUGUCGCUCAAAAGGGGUCCCGAUGAUAACAAGACUUCAGAUGAUAAGCGUAGAAAGCCUCCUCCUUUUUGCAGUGUGGUGCGUGAGGUGAUGAAGUUGCAAUCAGUUAGGAAUUUGAUGGAACCGAUUCUAGAGCCCUUGGUUCGUCGAGUGGUUAAGGAGGAAGUUGAAUUGGCCCUAAAGAAGCAUUUGAGCAGCAUGAAACAGACUUGUGGAAAGGAGUUGAUUACUAAGGAAUUAAGAACUUUGCAGCUUCAGUUUGAAAACAGUAUUUCUCUCCCCGUCUUCACAGGAGCUCGAAUUGAAGGAGAAGAUGGCUCAAACAUAAGGAUAAGAUUAGUUGAUGCUUUAACAGGGAAGGUUGUUUGUACAGGACCUGAAUCUUCAGCUAAGGUAGAAAUUGUAGUCCUUGAGGGUGAUUUUGAAGAAGAAAGCGAUGUUUGGAUGCCUGAAGAUUUCAAGAACAAUAUUGUGAGAGAGAGGGAUGGAAAAAAGCCCCUCCUUACAGGAGAUGUGAUUUUAUAUCUUAAAGAUGGGUUUUGUAUGGUGGGUGAAAUUUCAUAUACAGAUAAUUCAAGCUGGACAAGGAGCCGUAGGUUCCGGCUUGGAGCAAGAGUACUGGACAGCUUCGAUGGUAUUAGAAUAAGAGAAGCAAAGACAGAUUCAUUUAUUGUCAGGGAUCACAGAGGAGAAUUGUACAAGAAACACCACCCUCCAAGUCUGUCGGAUGAAGUUUGGAGACUGGAAAAGAUAGGCAAAGAUGGAGCUUUCCACCGGCGUUUGAGCCGUGAAAAGAUCCGCACCGUUAAAGAUUUUCUCACACUACUCAAUCUCGAUCCAUCAAAGCUGCGAACUAUAUUAGGCACUGGGAUGUCUGCAAAGAUGUGGGAAGUAACUGUAGAGCAUGCUCGGACUUGUGUUCUUGAUACAACAAGGCACGUGUCCUUCGCCGCUCAUUCUCAACAACCUCAUGUGGUCUUCAAUGCCGUUGGACAAGUGACAGGACUGCUCUCUGAAUCCGAGUAUGUCGCUGUAGAUAAGCUGUCUGAAACCGAAAAGGCUGAUGCUCAAAUCUCGGUUAUUUCUGCACUUACCCAAGGCGAUUUUGCCUCUUUAGAAGAUGAAGCCUCCCUAAUGGAUGGUUAUUCACACUUAACUAAUGUACACUACUCCCCGAGCUCUCCGAGAACUGAGGGAUCAAGUGCCAACAAGCUUUUGGCUCCGCAAAAGAUUGGAGGGUUCAAUUAUACACAAGAAAGUGCCUCUUCUACAGAUAUCAUGCCAUCUAUUUAUUCGGUCGGUGGAUCUAGUGGCUUGGAUGACUAUGGCUUGCCGAAUUUUGACAGCAUCGGCCUUAGAUAUGAUCAGCAUCUUGGCUUUCCAGUCCAAGUAUCCAACUCUUUGAUCUGCGACACAGAUUCAAUAGUCCAUGCUUUCGGUGAUGAUGAUCAUAUGCAAUUUUUCGAUGCUGAUCUUCAAUCUCAGUGCCAUAUUGAAGCAGAUUUACAGCGUGCUGUUGAUAGCUUCAUGCUGGCACCUUCUCCAUCUAUGGCUAAUGGAAAAGCUCAAAGACGAUGGAGAAAGGUAGUCAAUGUUCUAAAAUGGUUCUUGGUGAGGAAACGACGAAACCAAUUAUAUAUAUAGGGAAGGUUUUGUACAUUGCGUUUGCAAAUGCAGCCAACAAAAAUAAUAUUUUGCUGUGUUGAUAGAGAAAAGUUAUGGUUUUCUCUUAUAUGUAAAUAUACAUCCUCUAUGCAUUGGUUUUUGUAGUUUGCCAGAGGUUAAAGAGCGGUUUUGCUCUUCUCUUUUGUUGUUUAAAAUUGAGUUUGUAAAUACUUGAGAUGUUUUAUUUACAGUCAGGAGAGGAUUUCUGAUUGUUGGGAGAUGCUUAGUGAGGUAGUAAGUAGUAAUGAUUUAAUGAUCCAGAGACCUUUAUUCUGGAUCAUAUUUUUGUGACCAUAAUUUGUCCAAUAAAAUCAGUUUUCUAUUGUUGGUUCCCA